CACCACAGGCCACGUCACAUCACACCUCAAGAUAACGUUAACCAUUUCACACCAACAUGAACACCACAGGCAUAGGACUUCAGGAGGUCCGUGCAGCCUAUCAAAGGAUUCAAGGGUGGAUACAUAGGACGCCAGUGUUCACAAAUGAAGGACUGAACAAGGUCUCUGGCAGACAGUUGUUCUUCAAGGCGGAAAAUUUGCAAAAGACCGGCGCCUUCAAAGCACGUGGAGCGUGUAAUGCUGUGUUCCUCGAAAAGGAGGAAAAUCCCAAGAGCCCUGGGGUCGUCACGCACAGUAGUGGGAAUCAUGGUCAAGCUGUGGCAUAUGCAGCAAAGUGUGCGGGCCUUCCCUGCAGUGUAGUUGUACCCAAAGGAACGCCGAAGGUUAAAUGUGAUGCUAUUGUUAAUUAUGGUGCUGAGCUGGUGUUCUGUGAACCCUCUCCUGCUGCAAGGAAAGAGGUCUGUGCCCAGAUUGCAGAAGCGACAGGGAAGGCGAUCAUCCAUCCCUUUGACAAUUACAAUGUCAUGGCUGGCCAGGGGACAAUUGCAUUGGAACUUCUGGAGGAGGUGCCUGAUUUGGAUGCCAUAUUAGUACCAAUAAGUGGAGGAGGAAUGACUUCUGGCAUUGCUGUUGCUACACAUGGCCUAAACCCUAAUUGCAGAGUGUUUGCUGUUGAGCCGGUAGGAAAGGACCUCCAGAGAAGUCUUGAGAGCAAAGAACGUUUAUGGCCCAAUCCAAACAGGUUCCUGGAUACGAUAGCAGAUUCUAUUAGGAUUCAGCAGCAAUCAUUUUUUGUGGGAUGUUGCAGUUCAGGGAUGCAGACGCUUGAGGUUGGAGAUCUGACAUUCCCAAUUCUGUGUGAUUAUGCCGAGUCGAAGGUUUUUAGUGUGACGGAUGACCAGAUGAUUGAGGGCAUGAGGUUUAUCUUUGAACGCAUGAAGCUUGUUGUAGAAGCAGCAUCAGGGGCAGCUGUCUAUGCUGCUAUGAAUUCCCUCGAAGAUGUCACUCCGCCACCAAGAAAGGUUGGAGUCAUUCUCUGUGGCGGAAAUGUUGAUCUUGAUCAUUUGCCGUGGAUUGAUCGGAAGACGUCGUAUUGAGGUUCAGUCGAUGAAGCGCACCAAGUAGACAGGAAAGGAAAAGGAAUUUUUAAGUCCAGAACGAAGGGCAUGCGAUUAUCUUUUCAAUGUUGCACUGUCAGAAUCAGGUGUUUCUGAAAUUAAAACAUUCAUUAUAAAAUCUUGCAAUGUGGAAUUAUUCAUUUGCAUUCGUACAUUUUUUUUAUUUGUCCCAGUAAGUUAUGUUCACAGGCUAUAGCAUGCUCAUUCUAGAUUUUUACUAUUUUCUCUUAUGUCAUGUGGUGAAGUAGUAACCAAACUCUGGGUAUUUUGGCAUCAUUAGUUAAAAGAAUGUUUUGUGAUGUUUGAUGGGAAAAGAAAUAAAGGUGACUGGAAUUUGGGAUAUUUUAAGUAUAUACACACUGGAUGUGUGUGUGAAUUUAUCCUAAAUAUAUAAAUGUGAAUGUGUAAUGCACUUUUCUGUAACACUAUACAAAGUACACUUUAUAAUGAUAUUGAGUAGAAAAGUAAAGAAUUAUUAAAUUUUGUAAUUAUAUCUUUU